UCUACCCUCUUUCCCACACCCCCACCUGCUGCCAGUCAUCAUGCCUCGGGGCCAAAAGAGUAAGCUUCGUGCCCGCGAAAAACGCCGCCAGGCUCGAGAGGAGCCCACUGACCCAGUGGAUGCUCCUGCCACUGCACCAACAGAAGAGUCCCCUUCUUUGCCAUCGCCUCAUUUCAAAGAUGUUCCCUGGAGCCCACCUGCCACUGGAACACCCAGCAGUCUUCAGGUGUCUGCCACCACUUUAGCUGCAGCUGUUUCAAACAUAAGAUUUAAUGAAGGUGCCAACAAUCAAGGCGAGGAAAUGCCAAAUGCCUCACAGGCCCAGGAUACCACUGAGCACUGGCCCCAAUGCCCUAUAGAUAAAAAGGUUGCUAUGUUGGUGUACUACCUGCUGUACAAGUAUCAAGUGAAAGAGCCCAUUACCAAGGCAGAUAUGCUGAGAAAUGUAAUCCAGGUGUACAAGAAUCACUUCUGUGAGAUCCUCAGGAAAGCCUCUGAGCAUUUGGAGCUGGUCUUUGGCCUUGAUGUGAAGGAAGUGGAUCCCAACAGGAAUACUUAUGUCCUUGUCAACAAACUGGAAUUAAGCUGUGAUGCACAGCUGAGUGAUGACAGAGAAAUUCCCAAGACUGGUCUGCUGAUGACUGUUCUGGGCGUGAUCUUCACGAAGGGCAACCGCGCCACUGAGGAGCAAGUCUGGGAAGUGCUGAAUAUGAUGGGUGUAUAUGCUGGGAGGAAGAACUUCAUCUAUGGGGAGCCGAGGAAGCUCAUCACUGAAGAUUUGGUGCAGGAAAAUUACCUGGAGUACCGCCAGGUGCCCGAGAGUGAUCCUCCCCGCUAUGAGUUCCUAUGGGGUCCAAGAGCCCACGCUGAAACCAGCAAGAUGAAAGUGCUGGAGUUUGUGGCCAAGAUCAAUGAUACGAUCCCCAGUGCCUUCCCAUCCUUGUAUGAAGAGGCUUUGAGAGAUGAGGAAGAGAGAGCCCGAGCAAGAGCUGCAGCCAAGGCUCGUACCGCUGCCAUGGCCAGUGUGCACUCCAGGGCCAUGGCAAACAGCUUUUCCUGCCCUAAGUGA